AGGUAAAUUUUUCCAUAACCUUAUGGAGAAAAAGGACUUUGAAGCAUGGCUUGAUAACAUUUCUAUUGCAUUUCUUUCUCUGACGGACUUGCAGAAAAAUGAAACUCUGGAUCACCUGAUUAGCUUGAGUGGAGCAGUCCAGCUCAGGCACCUCUCCAAUAAUCUAGAGAUUCUCCUCAAGAGGGACUUCCUCAAACUCCUUCCAUUGGAACUUAGUUUUUAUCUGUUAAAAUGGCUUGAUCCUCAGACCUUACUCACGUGUUGCCUCGUCUCUAAGCAGUGGAAUAAGGUUAUAAGUGCCUGUACAGAGGUGUGGCAGACUGCGUGCAAGAAUUUGGGUUGGCAAAUAGAUGACUCUGUUCAGGAUCCUCUGCAUUGGAAGAAAGUUUACCUGAAGGCUAUUUUAAGGAUGAAGCAACUGAAGGACCACGAAGCCUUUGAGACAUCCUCUUUAAUUGGACACAGUGCCAGAGUAUAUGCACUUUACUAUAAAGAUGGACUUCUGUGUACAGGAUCAGAUGACUUGUCUGCAAAACUGUGGGAUGUAAGCACAGGUCAGUGCAUAUAUGGUAUCCAGACACACACUUGUGCUGCAGUGAAGUUUGAUGAACAAAAACUUGUAACGGGAUCUUUUGAUAACACAGUAGCCUGUUGGGAAUGGAGCACUGGGGCAAAGACACAGCAUUUUAGAGGACAUACUGGUGCAGUUUUUAGUGUGGAUUACAAUGAUGAACUUGAUAUUCUAGUCAGCGGCUCUGCAGACUUCACUGUGAAAGUAUGGGCCUUAUCAACAGGAACGUGCCUGAAUACCCUUACUGGACACACAGAAUGGGUCACUAAGGUAGUUUUGCAGAAGUGCAAAGUCAAAUCUCUUAUGCAUAGUCCUGGCGAUUAUAUUCUUCUAAGUGCAGAUAAGUACGAAAUCAAGAUUUGGCCUAUUGGAAGGGAAAUAAACUGCAAGUGCUUAAAAACACUGUCAGUUUCUGAAGAUCGCAGCAUCUCCCUACAGCCCAGACUGCACUUUGAUGGUAAAUACAUAGUGUGCAGUUCAGCACUAGGAUUAUACCAGUGGGACUUUGCCAGCUAUGAUAUUCUCAGGGUUAUCAAACCUCCUGACUUCUCAAAUGUGUCUUUGCUGGGCUUUGGAGAGAUAUUUGCUCUACUGUUUGAUAACAGAUACCUGUAUAUAAUGGACUUGAGGACAGAAAAACUGAUAAGCCGCUGGCCUCUACCAGAGUAUAGAAAGUCAAAGAGAGGUUCAAGCUUUUUGGCUGGUGAAAUAUCUUGGUUAAAUGGACUAAAUGGCCAAAAUGAUAUGGGCUUAGUUUUUGCCACCAGUAUGCCGGACCACAGUAUCCAUUUGGUGUUAUGGAAAGAACAUGGCUGAAAAGCUCACAUAUGCAGAAUCUUCAGGAAUAUAUGGACUAUUAGCAGUGCGUCCAUAAAAUGAGACUUUGCAUGAACCAAAGUUGCACACUUAAUGGUAUCAUCAUGCAAUGAACAAUCAUUUAGUUUUAUUUGGGCAUUUGGGAAUGGGUUGUUUUGGACGUAACACAAUACGGCAUGCUAAGAGUUUUCACCACAAAAUUUUGUCUGUACCCAUGUUUAAGCAUAACUAUUUGGGCUCUGAAACAUAGCUUGUAAUGUUUAAACCAUUCAAAUCCACCA